CCCACGAGCAGAACGGCUGCCGCUUCCUGCAGGACCAGCUCGACUUGCGCCACAAGCCGCAUGUCGACCUCAUCUUCGAGGCGACCAAGGAGGACGUCGUCUCCCUCGGCAUGGACCCGUUCGGCAACUACCUCGUGCAGAAGCUAGUGCAGUACGGCACCGGCGAGCAGCGCGCCGCACUCAUCGACGGCACGGUCGAGCGGAUGGUCGAGGUCGCGCUCAACGUGCACGGGACGCGCGUGGUGCAAAAGAUGGUGGAGUGCGCCGACAGUGCCGCCCAGCAGUCGGCCCUGUGCGCCGCGCUCUUGCCCUCGAUCAUGCAGCUCAUCCGCGACAUGAACGCGAACCACGUGGUGCAGCGCUGCCUCGCCGCGCUGCCCGCCGAGCUGGCCGCGGGCAUCUAUGACCGCGCCGUCUCGGAUUGCCUCGCCAUCGCGACGCACCGGCACGGCUGCUGCGUGCUGCAGCGCUGCCUGGACCACGCCCCGGCGCCGCACCGCGAGGAGAUCAUCGGCGAGGUCGUGCGGCUCGCGCCCAAGCUCGUCGUCGACCCGUUUGGCAAUUACGUCUACAUCCUCGACUUGCGCCAGCCGCCGCUCACGCACGCGAUCGUGCAGGCGCUGCGCGGCGGCUUCGCGGAGCUCUCCCUCCAAAAGUUCUCCUCCAACGUGAUCGAAAAGUGCCUCAAGUCGGGCGACCCGACCGCAGUCGCGGUGGUCGCCAACGAGCUGACCGCGUCCGAGGCGUUCGCCACGCUGCUGCACGACCCGUUCGCAAACUAUGUCAUCCAGACCCUCCUCACCGUCGGCAAGGACGACGUGGUCGCCCUGCUCGUCGCACAGAUCACGCCGCACCUGCCCACCCUCCGCUCGACCCUGUACGGAAAGCGCAUCCAGGCCAAGCUCCUCAAGCGCUGCCCCGCCACAAAGGCGGCGCUGCCCCAGCGCUGACGGCGCGGACACGGCGCGGACACGGCGGAUGGUGCGGUGCGGAGACGGCGCGGAUGGCGCGGAAGCUGCGCUGACGGCGCGGCUGCGCGGCGGGGGAGUGACACAUUAGGAGAGAGGCGGUGCUUGCGGGGGCGGGGCGGGGUCGAGGAGUUUUGGGGUGCACAUUUGCUGCGGGCGCGGUGCCGUCGCCCCUUUGCGCAUGCCGUGUGCCGCUUGGGGCGCACCACGAGAACAGCAUGGCGGGCCGCGGAAUUGUGCGCAUGAGUACUAUGUCGCGGGGAAAUCUCGCAAGCGCCUCUCGAGUCCGGUGCGUGGGCGCGGCCCCGCGCUGCGGCCGAGUGGGUCUUGCUUGAUGUGUGGCUUUCUCGCGGGUUUUUAAACGCAGAACAAUCGAUACACUGUGUUCG